AAAAAAAAAGAUCAAUAAAGAAAAAAGAAAAGAAAAGAAAGAAAAAUGAGAAAGGAAUGAAAUCUAUUUUGGUUUUGUUUAGUCCCUAAAAAAACGAAAAUGGCAGAAUCAGAAGCAUACCUACCAAUUUCACAAUCCAUCGAUUGAGCGCAUCAAAAAAUUGCGAACAUCUCUCGUCAAACUGAAAUUGAUUCUUGGACCGUGCCUAGACUGCGAGAAUUGGCUUAAAAUUGCCAGAUUUUACCCACAAAUUUAUGCGCUUAACACACGCACAAGUUAGCUGGAUAAUGAAUUUUGUUUCCUGUUGAUGGAGUUGAACAGAUCUUUUCCUCAAUUGAAUUCAUGUGACGAUGAGAGUGAGAAUUGGAUCUGAUCUGAAAGACUGAAACCCCCUUAAAUUUCAGCUCUGGAACUUCACUCAAAUUUCGCAAGUUACAGAAUAGAGGAUCGAGGAUGAAAUGAAUUCCACUGCUUCUAAUACAUUACUGAUUGUAAUUAUAUGUUGUAGAAUGUAUUAUGUAUGAUUGGAAUUGGAAUUUUCAUUUACAAAUAUUUGAAGGCAGCUUCAGUUAUGGAAUAUUAGCUGGAAGGUCCAUCCACUGGUCUGAUAAUUAUGGCAAUCCUGUGAAGUGCAGGUUGGAGAAUUUUCAGUUGCUGUGCUAGCUGUAUAUACGAAUAUCGUAUCACAUCUCUGAACACUUGGAAGACAUGCAUGCGAAGCAUCGAAAUGGACCUGGGAAUGGACACAGGUCAAAUACUAUGGGGAUGGGGGGUGUCGCUGCUGCCUCACGAAUUCCUCCUGAAGGUUCAAUGAGAGGUUAUCGGAUGUACAAUUCUGAGUACCGGAACUAUAAUCGUGGUGGUUAUGGAAGUGGGGGUCACCCGAAGCAAUAUCAACCACCUCUGCCUCCUCAAAGGGAGACCGACAUUUUCAUGGAAGCUGGAAGGAUGGCUGCUGAGUAUUUGGUGUCUAAAGGCAUGCUGCCACCAAAUGCACUUUCAGGAAAGUGGCAAAGUGAUGGCUUGAAAAACCAGGUUGGCAACUUUCAGGGUUACAAGUCUAAUGAAGCAGAAAAAAUACAGAGUUCUGUGGAUGGCCGUGCAUCAGCUCAUUCCCGUUUGGGAAAUGCUGCUUUAGACGUAGGUUCAGGUAGGAGAAAGUAUUCUGAUGAAUAUAAUUCAGUGGGCUCUAGAACUUCUAUUCGAGGAAUAGAACGAGGAAGGAAAAGAACUGGAUCCUUCAAAAAUUAUGGGUCGGAGGUUAGUAGAGAACUGGGAAGAAGUGGAUCAUUGACGGAUAAGAUUAGAACUUUCCACGGUCCAGAGGCAGAGAGUGAUGCUUCUUUUGGACAUUACGGAGAUCAGCCUGCUGGUAAAGAUGGUAAUUGUGAGAUGCUUAAGUCAUCUCCUGAUGAACCAGCUCGAGAAAUUGAAAGUGAAACUCAAAUGGUCUCUGGAUUGGAGAAACGUAACCUAGUGGAAGAUGCAGAUGUGAAUAAUAGUAUUUUGAGUAAUGAGAAGUGUCUAACAUCUGAUGCAAGUGCCGAAGCCACAAAAAAACCUGAUAAUGAGUCGGAGUUGGUUAAAGCUGUAAAUAGUGAUAAUGAAUUGCAGCAAAAGAAUGAUGAGAAAAAGGAGGUUGCAUCUUCUGGAAUAGAGGAUACUUUGGUUAGUGAGGACCAUGUUGAUUUAGUAAAGCAGUGCAAAUUUGUAAAUGUUCCUACUAAAGCUCGUUCAUCAUUGACAAUGAAGGGUCUGAAGGGUGAUCAGAAUCCCAUUAAAGAAGAAGAUGGCAUUUCCAAGAGAGAACCUUUGGAGGAUACUGGGGUGCAUAUUAUAGAUGUUGACGUUGAGAAUUUGGCUGGUAAUGCUGCUACUCAUCAAAAUCAUGAGCUUAAAAGCCUUCCGUCAGAUGAUCCCACUUUAGAAAAAGAGAUGAACAUUACAUACUCAACAAGGUCAGCGCCGAGCAUGAGGUCUGAGUCUUUUGCUGAAAGAUCUUUAUAUAAAGAACAGCAACAAGAUGAGGGGCUGUCAGGUUUUGGAAGGUCAAAGUCUAUGCUAAUGGAGCGAGGUGAAAAACGGGCAAUAGAUUGUAAUCCUGAUGGUAAGGAUGAUUUUAAAAAACUUAGACAAUGGGUUCCUCUGCAGGAUGCUCAAUCUAUUAGCUCCCCUCCAAUUUCUAGCUCAAUAGAAAACAAGCCACUAUCACAAGAACCAAGUACUUCACAGAGUGCUCAUCUGGCCCCAUCUCUUGAUCAUAAUAGUUUGGAUAUUUCACUAUUUCCCAAAGAUAAUGCUGACUCGUCUAAGUUCAUGCAAGAAAAACAGCUGUUUCCCAGUUCAUUUAAGACUUGUGACCUGAAUCUUGUUGGAGCUUCUGAUGUCAACGAGAAUCAUGAUGCCGAUCCCAUGCAUGUUUUUCCAUCUAUCACCCAAACGGGAAAAGCAGCAAAACCUAUUGAUGUUGAUUUGUCCAUGGGUAACAAUGGUAAUAUGUCGAAUAAAACUGGUAAGUACAGUGUCAAUGAGAAGGAUAUUGAGGUUAUAGAUUUGGAAAAGGAAUCUGCACAUGAAGACAAAACCUAUGGUAAUUCAGACAGAAGGGGAGAUACUGUAUUCACUGACCUGGAUGGCUUUCCUAAUAAUGUACACAAUGCUAACGGGAUGCCUGACGUUCAGGACGGUUAUGGACUUAUGAUAUCGGAACUUCUUGGAAGUGACAGCCCAAACUGUUCUUCUGUACCAACAGAUUUAAAUUCUUUGCACAAUCACAUGGCUCUACCAAAUGCAGAGGGAAUUCUUGGCGAUGAUGACUCAAUUUAUAUGUCCCUGGGCGAAAUACCAAUAAGCAUGCUGGGAGCCUGGGAGCAGCCGUCGCAGGACUAUGGGAAACCAUUUUGAGCAUGAUAAGUACAUUGAUAUCAAAUCAUGGUGCACUUGUCCAGACGUGCGCAGCUGUUGUUGCGCUCGACCAUUUCUUCCUGAUGUCUCAUCAAGUGUUGAUCAAGUGAUGCAGUUGCAAUGGUUACCUGUACUUGACCGCGAUUUUUAUCCCAUCUCCGUUAAUAACAUGGAUUGUACCGGAUUUUAGUUGGAUUUAUGGUGUAGAGUACAUCAGGAAGAUGUGAAAAUGGUUAUUUUGUGACCGCGGAUGCUCCUUAAAACCAGAAUGGUGAUUUUAUGUAUGUAGAGGAGAUACAUGAUCAUAACCAUUAACAACUAUAUAAGCAUUCUGUAACUUGUAUUCCAAAGCUCCUUUCCACACAGGUUUGGGAGUUGGAUAGUGAUAUAAAUAUUAAUUGGCUUUGCAA